AUGUCCGAUGCACUGCCGACCGUGUCCUCCGAGUGCGACCCAAUCACGUUCCCGCGGGACGAGUGGCCGCACAAGUCCUACUACACCCCGGGCUGGCCGAUGAGCAAGGCGAGCCUCAACCUUCAGGUGCGCUUUGCAGCGCAGCAGGCGAGCCGUAAGCUGGCGCGCGCUGUCAUGCACGGGACGUUGGACGACAUUGACCGCGUCGACUUUGACUUUGCUGUUAUCGACGUGGUCCUUCAGCUCAACGACCAGGCGCGUGUCGAGUCCCGCGCGGCCAAGGUGUCCGUCUCGGGCAGCGUCGCGGACUGGCAUGUGUGGCUACGGGCCGCCGCCGCCGAGGUUGCUGAUACGGGCAUGCGCACUCUUGCAAAACUGCCAGGUGCUGAGCGCGUUAUCGCGCUGUGGGCGCCGCGCAACCCGACAUGCAACGACGUGCCGGGCGACCUUGCACUUGAGCGCCUUGUCGUCGAGUACAUGGACCAGCUGUGGCAGCUGCGCGACACGAACGAAGGGUACGCCCCGCCGCCGCCCAGCACCGCUGCGCGCGCGGCUCUGCGCCGCUACGGGCCCGGCGACGUGGAAAAGUCGGGCCUGUGGGAUACACUCGCGGUGGACACACGCACUGGAGUGAUCACCAGAUUCAAGCGCAACUGGCAAGGAGUUCCGGUCGAGGAGGACUGUAACGCGCAAGGAGUCCCGGGGCCCGUUGCGGCCAUGCGUGUCGACAGACACGCUCAGGCCAACUCCGAUGAAGCCCUAUGGGAGGCUGGCACGAGCAGCCCAGAUCUCUGCCCGUCGACUGAUACCACCACGACCGACGACUCGAUAUCCAGCUCCGAGUCGGUCUUGGCCGCGGCCGCAAAGUCGCGUGCGCGAACUGCCGCGUCACCCACCCUACUCCACACGGCCGUUGGUGCUGACCGCGACGACGACCAUGUCAACCCGCCAAAGUAA